AACUUCUUCAUCUCAUUCAUCUCCUUAUUUGUUUUCACUACUUUCUCCUGUUUUUUCACAAAGCCAAAAAUGGCAACAAGCAAAACAGAUGGGAAGAGGAGCCUGAAGGAAAUGACGGAGGAUGAAGAGGAGGAGGAGGAUGAAGAUAGUACUGAUGCUAUAGGGUUUGGAGAUGAUAUUGAGAAGAAGAAGAAAGGCAAGAGAGGAUCCAGUGCUGGUGGAGGGUCAACACUACCUGGUUGUCAGGUUGACAACUGCACUGCCGACAUGACUGAUGCCAAGAGGUACCACAAGCGCCAUAAGGUCUGUGAGUUCCAUGCCAAGGCUUCUAUGGUUCGAAUCGCUGGACUCCAUCAACGCUUCUGCCAACAAUGUAGCAGAUUAAUGUUCCAUGAGUUAUCAGAGUUCGAUGAAGCAAAAAGGAGUUGUCGAAGACGUUUGGCCGGACACAAUGAGCGACGCCGGAAAAGCUCAUCUGAAUAUCAAGGGGAAGGCUCAAAUUAUUAAUUACAAGC